AUGGAAGGAGAGGUGAAGUUUGUGGAGAGUGACUUUAAGCAUGAGUUUAUGGAGGUGAGUUGUGAAGAAGUGAUGUUUCCGAAGUAUAGGGUGAAGUAUAUUGAGCAGACAGAGAAGUAUAUUGUGCUGGCGCUUGAGAAGAAGAAGAUAAGCUGUGCGAUUGAUUUUGAAAGGAAUGUGAUUAGCGUGUUGACGAAUGCAAGCACGAGGGAUCCGUUUAUAUUUAUCAAGGCAGUGAAUUUUGUGAAGCUUGUUGGCCGUGGGGUUGGAGUUGAGGAGGCGAUGAAGGUGCUUGAGGACGAGUGUUUCUGCGAGGUGAUUGACAUCAAGAGUCUUGCAGGGUCUGAAAAGGUCUUUGAGAAAAGACGCGAUCGGCUGAUAGGGCCGAAGGAGAUGACGUUGGAGGCGAUCCGGAAGGUGACAGGGUGCUAUGUACUUGUGCAUGGAAAGACGGUGAGUGUGAUAGGAAGUUUUCGCGGAGUUGAGGAGGUGAAAGAGGUUGUGACCAAGUGCAUGGACAAUGUUCAUCCGAUAUACCAGAUCAAGAGGCUGAUUGAGAAGAGGAAGCUUGAGAGUGAUGAUGGAAAGAAAUUUGAGGACUGGGAGAGGUAUCUUCCACAGGCCACGAAGAAGGGAAAGAGCGGAGGCAGUAAGAUGAAGAAGAAGGUGGGCAGGGUGUCUGGAGGAAUGCCUGACUGUGAGGCAAGGCGGAAGGAGGAUGCCGAGAUGGAGACUGGAGAGUACUUUAUUGGGAAGUUGGAUGAUAGAAAGAAGGAUGUAAGGAGAAGAGAGGAGCGAGAAGGCAAAGACAAGAAGCGAAGAAAAGAGAUUGAGAAAUACAUUGUGCCGGAUGAAGAUGGAUAG